AUGGGAGGCAGAGGGAAGGAGAUGCCGGCAGCCGCAGCUGAAGGGUGCCGGAGCACGCCGGGGAAGAGCCGCGGAGCUGCAGGACAGGAUGGCAGCGAGAAGCAGGGCUGCGGCGGGCAGCGCUGUCCGCGGCGGGCCGGGCCGUGCGGCUCGGCGCUGGCCGCUCUCCUCUCCACAUUGGCGGCUGCCUCCUGCCUCUACCUGGGGGUGCGGACCAGCGACCUCCAGGCAAGGGUCGCGGCCAUCGAGGGAACCCGAGGGGGUUUCUCUGCCUCCGCCCCGCUCCCGCCGCUGCCCGGCUUUUCCCUGGAGCAGCUGAACGCAAUGAUGCAGGAGAAAGUGGAGCGACUUCUCGCCCAGAAAUCCUAUGAGCACUUGGCAAAGCUACGAGUAGUGAGAGAAGCGCCUCCAGAGUGCAACUGCCCACCAGGUCCUCCAGGGAAAAGAGGUAAGCGGGGCAGAAGAGGAGAGACUGGACCUCCUGGUCUACCAGGGAGAAAUGGCUAUCCGGGUCCGAUUGGUAUGGAUGGAAAGCUGGGUCAGCCUGGUCCUCAAGGCCCUCCCGGUCCAAAAGGCGAGAAGGGAGAUCAAGGUGAUCAGGGCCCUCGGAUGGUGUUUCCUAAAAUCAAUCAUGGGUUUCUCUCUGCUGAUCAGCAGCUCAUUAAACGCCGCCUCAUUAAGGGGGACCAAGGACAAGCUGGACCCCCUGGGCCUCCAGGGCCACCAGGACCCAGAGGUCCCCCAGGAGACACGGGCAAAGACGGUCCUCGUGGGAUGCCUGGCAUACCGGGUGAACCAGGAAAACCAGGAGAACAAGGAUUGAUAGGACCUCAGGGACCUCCAGGACAAAAGGGUUCUGUUGGAGUGCCUGGUGUUCCAGGGAGAGAUGGACAAGUGGGUGAACCUGGUUUGCCUGGCAUAGCAGGAGAGAAGGGAGCAGCAGGGCUUAAGGGUGACCCUGGAGAAAGAGGAGAAAAGGGUGAUGCUGGAGAAAAUGGACCCAAGGGUGACACAGGAGAAAAGGGUGACCCCGGUUCUUCUGCUGCAGGAAUUAAGGGUGAACCCGGUGAAUCUGGACGUCCAGGACAAAAGGGUGAACCAGGUCUUCCUGGGCUUCCUGGACUCCCUGGGAUAAAGGGUGAGCCAGGUUUCAUUGGUCCACAAGGAGAACCUGGGUUGCCAGGGCUACCAGGAACAAAGGGUGACAGAGGAGAGGCAGGCCCUAUUGGGAAGGGUGAGCGAGGUGAACCUGGAAUGCCUGGACCAAAGGGGAAAACAGGUGAACCUGGAUCUAGAGGCCCAAAAGGGUCAAAGGGUGAUACAGGUGACAGAGGUGACCCAGGAUCUGCAGGUCCACAAGGACCACCUGGACAGAAGGGUGAUCAAGGUGCAACAGAGAUAAUUGAUUAUAAUGGCAAUAUCCAUGAAGCUCUGCAGAGGAUUGCCACCCUGACUGUCACGGGGCCACCAGGACCACCAGGACCUCAAGGGCUGCAAGGGCCAAAGGGUGAACCAGGAUCCCCAGGAACUCCAGGAGUUGAUGGGGAGCAGGGUCCUAAAGGCUCAAAAGGAGAUACAGGUGAUCCUGGAAUGCCUGGAGAAAAAGGAGGAAUUGGACUGCCUGGACUGCCAGGAGCCAAUGGUAUGAGAGGUGAAAAAGGAGACGUUGGCUUGCCUGGUGCCCAAGGUCCUUCAAUGAUAGGACCACCUGGACCACCGGGGCCUCAUGGUCCUCCAGGCCCUAUGGGACCUCACGGACUGCCUGGUCCAAAGGGUGAACCAGGGUUAAGUGGUCUUAAAGGAUUGAAGGGUGAACCAGGUCACAAGGGUGACAGAGGGCCCCUUGGUCUUCCAGGAGCAUCUGGCUUUGACGGGAAGCCAGGACCCCGGGGUAUAGAUGGCCCAGUUGGUCCCCAUGGCCCUGCAGGUCCUAAAGGAGACAGAGGUGAAAAGGGAACUGCAGGUGACCCUGGACCCAGAGGACCAUACGGCUUGCCUGGCAAAGAUGGCGAGCCUGGCCUUGAUGGUUUCCCUGGUCCUCGUGGAGAAAAGGGUGAUAUAGGAGAAAAGGGAGAAAAGGGGGAAAAGGGAAAGAAAGGCAAAAAAGGGCCUAAAGGGGAGAAAGGAGAACAGGGUGCUCCUGGAUUAGAUGCACCUUGCCCGUUGGGUCCCGAUGGAUUACCAAUGCCUGGCUGUUGGCAAAAGGGAGUCACACCCUGGCUUAUUGCUAAAAAGAGAUAA